GCAACCUUGGGAGUACAGUGCUCCUGCAGCGACGAGGAGGUCAAGCAAGCCUACAGGGCGUUGGCCCUCAAGACACUCGACUGCAGUGAUCGCAAGACACUCUACGAGGGCAGGCUCCUGCCCAUGUUCACCGUGUGCUGGAUGUUGCCAGGUGGCGACCUGGCCUUGGCAAGAAGCUUGCUGGCCGACGCCGCCGACGUCCAGGCGCAGGACUCCACUGGGCGCUCCGCCAUCCUCUUUGCAGCCUCGGCGGCCAGCGUUCAGGUUCUCAGACUUCUGCUGGCCCAUGCGGCGGAUGUCAUGAGCUGCAACUGCGCGGGGCAUACUUGCGUCGGUGCCUUGGUCCUGUGUCGGCUCAGCCUCAUCGGUGCAUGGGUGGUUUGCCGUUUUGACGGCCCUCAUGGCAAACCGUGUGCCCUAUCGGAAGAGGACAGCUCCAAAGCUGCGCAGCGCCUGGAUGCCGUGCGCUUGCUGCUUGAUGAAGGUCGCCUGGCCGCUGCAUUCCAGUUCCAGCGGGCAAUGAAUCUCACAGACUAUUCGCCACCCAGGUGCUACUGCCAAUGGGGCAACCGGAUACGGCCUUUCCGCGCUGAUGCUAGCUGCGGCUUCAGGAGAGUGGGCAUGGAGAGUUAA